AACGUACGAAGUCAUGUGGUUGGUCAUGAGGAAGUAAACAGGGAAGAGAAGACUGAAAAAGCUGGACCAUCCAAACUACAUCAAGUACCAAACACAGGGUGGGGUUAGUAACAUCUUUCUUUGGCUACCAUGGUGGACUUCCUGGCGGAGAACAACCUAUGUGGACAGGCCAUCCUCAGGAUAGUUUCCAGAGGAAAUGCCAUCAUUGCUGAACUUUUGCGCCUCUCUGACUUCAUCCCUGCAGUUUUCAGGCUCAAAGACAAAAGCGACCAACAGAAAUAUGGAGAUAUCAUCUGUGACUUCAGCUACUUUAAGGGUCCAGAGUAUUAUGAGGCAAAGCUGGAAACCAAACCUGAGCUUCAAGACCUAGACGAAGAGUUUAGAGAAAACAACAUUGAGAUUCUAUCCAGGUUCUAUCUGGCUUUUGAGAGUGUCCACAAAUAUAUAGUAGAUCUUAACAGAUAUCUGGAUGACCUACAUGAGGGUGUUUAUAUUCAGCAGACCCUGGAGACUGUGCUGCUAAAUGAGGAUGGCAAACAGCUUUUAUGUGAAGCUCUCUACCUUUAUGGAGUCAUGUUGCUGGUUAUUGACCACAAAAUUGAGGGAGAGGUCAGAGAGAGGAUGCUUGUUUCCUACUAUAGAUACAGUGCUGCCCGUUCCUCAGCGGACUCCAACCUGGAUGACAUCUGCAAGCUCCUGCGCAGCACAGGCUACUCCAGUCAGGCUGGAGCCAGACGACCAGCUAAUUAUCCCGAAAGCUACUUCAACAGAGUUCCCAUCAGCACAACGUUUAUUAGCAUGGUCAUUGGGAGGCUGCGCUCUGAUGACAUAUACAACCAGGUGUCUGCAUAUCCUCUACCAGAGCAUCGUAGCACAGCGCUGGCUAACCAGGCAGCCAUGCUGUAUGUCUGCCUUUAUUUCAGCCCCUCCAUCCUGCAAACCCAACAGGCCAAAAUGAGGGAGAUAGUGGACAAGUACUUCCCUGACAACUGGGUUAUCAGUAUCUACAUGGGAAUCACAGUGAACCUGGUGGAGGCCUGGGAACCGUACAAAGCUGCCAAAACUGCUCUGAACUACACGCUGGAUUCUGCAAACAUCAAAGAGCAGGCUACUCGUUAUGCAGCCAGCAUGGAGAGCCUGAGGCCUCAGGUGCAGCAGCUGCUGAAAGAAGGUUUCCUCAGGGAAGAGAUCAUCCUCGACAAUAUUCCCAAACUACUCAACUACCUGAGAGACUGUAAUGUGGCUAUCCGCUGGCUGAUGCUGCACUCUGCAGAGUCAGCCUAUGAUCCAAACAACAAGCGACUGCGUCAAAUCAAGGACCAAGUCUUCUCUGACUCCAAAUACAAACCCAAGAUCCUGUUCCAGCUGCUGCUAGACACUGCACAGUUUGAAUUCACACUCAAAGAGAUGUUUAAGCAGAUGCUUUCAGAGAAGCAGAUCAAAUGGGAAAGCUAUAAGAAGGAAGGAUCAGAGAGAAUGACUGAGCUGGCCGAAGUCUUCUCUGGAGUCAAACCUCUAACCAGGGUGGAGAAAAAUGAGAACUUACAGGCCUGGUUCAGAGAAAUCUCAAAGCAGAUUGAGUCUCUAAACUAUGAGGACUCCACAGCAGCUGGGAGGAAGACUGUCCAGCUCAUACAGGCUCUUGUAGAGGUCCAGGAGUUUCACCAGCUGGAGUCAAACCUGCAGGUGUGCCAGUUCCUGGCUGACACCAGGAAGUUCCUGCACCAAAUGAUCCGCACCAUCAACAUCAAAGAGGAAGUCCUGAUCACCAUGCAGAUAAUUGGGGAUUUGUCCUAUGCAUGGCAGAUAAUUGAUAGCUUCACAUCAAUAAUGCAGGAGAGCAUCAGAGUCAAUCCAUCAAUGGUUACCAAACUCAGAGCUACGUUUCUGAAGCUUGCAUCUGCGCUGGACCUCCCUCUGCUGCGAAUCAACCAGGCCAACAGUGCCGACCUGCUGAGUGUCUCACAGUUCUACUCUGGGGAGUUGGUGGCUUAUGUCAGGAAGGUGCUACAGAUCAUCCCUGAAAGCAUGUUCACCUCUCUGGCCAAGAUCAUCAAGCUGCAGAUCCACGACAUCAUGGAGGUACCCACGCGGCUGGAUAAGGACAAGCUGAAGGACUACUCACAGCUCGGAGCUCGUUAUGAAGUUGCAAAGCUUACCCACGACAUCUCCAUUUUCACUGAAGGGAUCCUGAUGAUGAAGACCACUCUAGUUGGAAUCAUUAAGGUGGAUCCAAAGCAGCUUCUGGAGGACGGCAUCAGGAAGGAGCUGGUGAAGAGGGUGGCGUAUGCUCUGCAUAAGGGGUUGAUCUUCAACCCAAAGGCUAAACCUAGUGAGCUAAUGCCAAAACUGAAGGAGAUGGCGGCCACCAUGGAUGGGUUCUACAGAUCAUUCGAGUACAUCCAGGACUAUGUCAGCAUUUAUGGACUUAAGAUCUGGCAGGAGGAAGUGUCCCGCAUCAUCAACUACAACGUGGAACAAGAGUGCAACAGCUUCCUCAGGGCCAAGAUCCAGGACUGGCAGAGUGUGUACCAGUCCACCCACAUCCCCAUCCCAAAGUUUCCCUCAGUGGAUGAAUCUGCCACCUUCAUAGGUCGUCUCUGCAGAGAGAUCCUCAGAAUCACUGAUCCCAAGGUUACAUGCUACUUUGACCAGAUGAAUACGUGGUACGACCUGAGGAGUCACCAGGAAGUUACCAACAACCGACUCUUCUCUGAGAUCCAGAACACGCUUGGUACAUUUGGCCUCAAUGGACUGGAUCGCCUGCUCUGCUUCAUGAUCGUCAAGGAACUUCAGAACUUCCUGACAAUGCUUCAGAAGACAAUCCUAAAGGACAAAGCUGUGGUGGAUGUUUUUAAAGCCAUGCUAAUGGCUGUCAACCCAGUCCAGGGCAUAGUGGGUAAUGCCAGCAAAGUGUACGCAAGUGCUGUGGCCAAAACACAGAAGAUCUGGGGUGCAUACCUGGAGGCCAUCAUGAAGGUGGGACAGAUGCAAAUCCUCAGACAGCUGAUCGCUAAUGAGCUGAACUACUCCUGCAAAUUUGACUCCAAACAUCUUGCUGCUGCCCUGGAAAACCUGAACAAGUCUCUGCUGGCGGACAUUGAAGCUCACUACCAGGACCCGUCCCUGCCGUACCCCAAAGAGGACAGCACUCUUCUGUACGACAUCACUGCCUACCUGGAGGCUGCUGGCAUUCACAACCCACUCAACAAGAUCUACAUCACCACAAAGCGCCUGCCUUACUUCCCCAUCAUAAACUUCCUGUUUAUUAUCGCUCAGCUGCCAAAACUCCAAUACAGCAAAAACCAAGGUAUGACAUGCAGGAAAGCCACAGAUCCAGUUGACUGGCCUCCACUUGUUCUUGGUCUGCUGACGCUGCUCAAGCAGUUUCACUCCAGAUACACACAACAAUUCUUGGCUCUCAUCGGUCAAUUCAUCCGCUCCAUAAUGGAGCAGUGUACAAGUCAGAAGAUACCUGACAUGCCAUCAGAUGUGGUGGGGGCCCUGAUGUUCUUGGAGGACUAUGUGAAGUACACAAAACUGUCACGCAAGGUGGUGGAAGCCCAUGUCCCCAGUUUCAUUUUUGAUGAGUUCAGAACAAUACUGUGAAGAUCUGGAUGAAGUAUUUCAUACUAAAACCAUCCAGGCCCCUCUCCCAAAACUAGGCAUUUGCUGCCAUGGGCUUUUUCUUUUUUACCUUUUUUUCUGGAGAAAUUUUGACUUGUAGUUUUAAAAACAUAACUGUUUCUAACAACAUUAAUGAUGAAUAUGAUUUCAAUCAUCAACCGUUUUUUCUCUAUUUAAGUGUCCAAGUUAGUCAACACAGUGUGACAGUGCCUCAUUUUGUGGAGAUCAGAACUCUUAAAACAAAGUAACCAAAUGAAGUUUAGCUUAAUUUAUUUUGUUAUUUACAGCUGUCCAUCAGUGUUAUUAAUGAAAAAAAGCUUAUUGAAUUGUUCACUCAAACCUACUCAUUUUAUUGGCCAUGAUUGUCUUAAUGCACUAACUAUAGAUUGUAUAUACCUUGAAAAGGAAAGUUAGAUUGUCUAUAACUGAACAAGCCAAUUUUCUACAUAAACAUUUUGUGCCAUUUCUAACU